AUGCAAAAAGAUUGUAAUUGGAAAAAUGUAAAAAGUUUCAAUAAAUUUAUUUGUCUUGCUCGUACUUAUCCAAAUAAAAUCGUUAGUAUUGAUUUUUACGACGGCGAAGAUGAUUGCCGACAAUAUCGGCAUGAUUUUUGUAAAUAUACAAAAAUCUUUCGUUAUUAUCAUAUUCAAUAUCAAGCAAGUAUGAAUAAUUAUAUAGAUCUACAAUUAAUAGAUGAUGUUGUUAACGUAAAACAUGAUGUUCAUCUUAUUUUAUGUCUAACAUCGGAUUAUUAUGCUAUUGCUCAUUCUCAACUUGAUAUUAUUUUGUCAACAAACAAAAAAAAACGAAAACAUCAAUCAACAAGUUCAUUGGCAAAUUCUAAUAAUGAAAAAGAUUCUAAUGAUACACUAUCAUUUUCUUUAAUAAGUUAUUUACAGUCUAACGUGAUUAAUUAUUCAAUUGCAUCCUCUGCUCCAAUAAGAUACAAACAGAAUUUAUCAUUUAUUUAUCAACAUCUUGAUAAGAAUAAAAAUAAUUUUACUUGUGAACAUAUACAAUGGUUAAAUGAAAAUGCUUUAAAAUCAAGUUUUGCGUCACAACAAUUAAAAACUGAAUUAAUUAAUUACGUACGUAAAAAUUAUACAAAUUGUUAUGAGCAGACAAUUCUUCUUCAACAAUUUCGACAAACAACAGAUAAAUGGCAGCAAGAAAUGAAUGAUACGAUUGAUAGAAAUGCUCGAAUAGCUAUAGAUUUAGCUAUAAAAAUUCAUAAACAAAAGCUAAUUAAACGUCAAAUGUGUCAGCAAGAAAUUCAAACUAAAUUAUUCGAAGAAGAUAAUGACAAUAGUCAACAAGAAUAG